AUGCAAGUCGACGACAAUGACAUCGCACGAAGAGGUCUAGACUCCUGUCCAUCACCAAAACGAUCUCGAUUUCAGGCAACAAAGUUGCUAGAGCCUACCUUGUCACCUAGAGUGACCUUGCAGUGUUUGAAAGAACAGUCAACUUAUGAGAAAACCACGGAACAGUUGCGAGGGUCUAGCAAGAAGCACUUCGCUCGAUCUAUUCGACAUUUAGAAGAGAAUUGGCGUGGAGAGCGAGACGCAUAUGAGCUAUUCUAUGAAACUGUGGCAGCCUUGCGUGGAGGCGACUGGAGCAUCAAUGCUUUCGGGAUCCCGACGCGUAAUGUGGAAGAGGGAAGACGCAGCAUGCGUGGUUAUGGGCGGAGAUCCAUCAAAUCUAUCCCCGGGCCCAGCAUACAUCAUCGACUGAGCCUCCUCUCUUCUCUUCAUGUCUCCAUUUGCUGUGAGUGGUUUGGAAAUGAGGCAGUUGGUAUUCAUCGUUGGUCAGUGAGUGGGAACGAGGUGACUCUGUCAUGGCAACGCUUCUAUAGUCAAUUUAACACCAUGGCGUCAGAGAAAGCCUUUAGUUCCACGAAGGAAGAAAAUCUGCGUCUCUCCUCGGAUUUCUUCUCUAUCUCGGGCUCUUCGAGUAUGUCCUUCACGCUUCCACUGGAUUUGGCUGUUAUUGACGACUUGGAGGCCUAUGUGAUUAUGCCACGAAAACCUCGUGCCCGUUUCAGUCGUCAGGCCUUCCAAAAGACACCUGGUGCAAAGACGCUUCAACCAAUUAAAUUCAGUUGCUCUGAAAGCGAGUCAGGGAGUACCUUGCACCAUGUUAGCGAGAUGAGUGGUUCAAAGGAGAUGAAAAGUGGUGAUGAAGGCACUGAUAGUGACGAUUAUUCAGGACCGCUGAACUACUCUUCCAGUGAUUUUGAUACCGACAUCUCAGUUGACGAAGACGGGGAGUUCAUUGUGAAGACGGAGGAGGAGCGAAAGGGUGCUCGAGCCAGACUUAAAAAACUUGAAAAUGUUGAACGGAAGCGAGAAAAGUCGAAUUCAUUUACGGAGAAUGAAAAGCCGGGAAGUACUGCUACUUCUCUUGAGACGCAUACCACUUACCCACCCAUUCCGGCGAAGAGGACAAAGCGUCUACUAUUGAGACGAAUGAGCGAAAUGGAGAGAAUCUAUACAGAAGGAGGACUUCCACUGUCUCUAAUGAGAGUCCGCAGUACCUACGGCCUUGCGCCCUCCACAAAUAGCUUUCGACAGAGAAUCUACUCCGAAAUUGUGGAGCAAGAGCAUCCAAUAGCUAUAGGAACACUUUCUCGUGAAGUGAUCAAACGCAUUCCACAGAUCUAUUCCUCAGAAGGUGACUCUCCAGACGUCUCCGUGAACAGCGAUAUUGACGAAAGUCUAGUUGAGGCUACCGUGGAAGGUGUUCUCAAAGGAUGUCUGGUUAUGCUAAAAACCCUUCUUCGAAAAAACGAGACUGUACUCCCCACUCAUCGUGAAAUCCUUCCUCUGGUUCAAGACGUAAAUCGCCGAAGCGAUCAACCGAUCGAGAAGCCGAUGAAGAACAUCUUCACUGAACAGUUCGUCUUCGAUUGUCGUAAUGCUGAAAGGCCGGAAGAUUCGUACUGCUACUUUCUGGAAACCGUACUUCCUGUUAGUUCGAUAGAUCCAGAAGACUUUGUCAAGAAUAGUGUUAUGGAGGGAAAGGAUAAUGUUGGAGGUAUUAAAAUGGAAUUUGGGGCUUUGCUACAACAACUGCGUGAUACAGCUCCGGAUUUGUGUCCCUACCAAUCCAGUUUGAACAACAUAUCAGCUAGUGUGAUCGCUGGACGCCAGAGCCCCUAUUUUCGGCAAGCGAUUCUACACACUGGUUUGAAGAAAUCAAGCGCCACUUUGGGUCGUCGAAGUUGGAUCAUGAGACCACCCAGGGGUCUGCAGAUAAAAAUGAACAACUAUACAUCAAACAUAUCAGUUCCGUGUGUCCUGCUACCUCCACCAAAGAAGUUUCAUUUCUCCAUGCUAUCCCAACUGGAAGAGUUGAUGGAUAAGACUAACCCUCUUUUAGUGAGUCUCAUGAAUCGGAUUUGGCAUUCAGCGCGUCCCAUAAGUGCUUGGGUUUUGGAGAAGGACAAAAAGACAUUGGAUUAUGCACUCAACAAACUCAUUCUCGACCUCAUUCUCUUUCGUCAAGCCACAGGUCACUGCGUUCGUUAUAAAGCCCUAUCAGUUAUCAUUUCAGCGCAGCAGAAUUCACAUCUACGAGAAUUGCUAGUAGAGUCUGCAGCACAUCCAGGAAAUUGGUUGGAUCAAAUCCUUCGUUCUGGACUUUCCAUCUACUCCUCCUGUCGACUUGAAACGGCUAUAUGUCUUCUCGGCCUGGCAUCCCACAAUUUGGUGCAAGGAUCAUCUCAGACUGGGGCGUGA